AUGCCUCCACGCGAUGUUCGAGGAGCAGGUCAAGCCCAUCGGAGUCAUAUGCGUCGCAUUGCUCACCAAGCCGAGUCCAACACCGGUGCUGGCGAGCUAGAACAUAGAGCUGCCAGAGCUGUGGAUAUUCAGCAAUCCAUGGAGCAGGCUGUUGAAGCUUUGGAAAAGUCUUUGGAUGUGGAAAUUGCUGCUCGAGAGCAACGGCAAGUCAACAUUGAACAGGAAUGGAUGAGGGAAAUGGACCGGCUGGAGAAGAGGCAUGAGUCUGUGGCGGCCGUUUGCGACAAGUGUGUGGCGGGCCUGCACGAGGAUGCUGAACAAGAGCAUGAAGCACGUAUUGGUCAUCAAGAUCCUGUGGUGGAGACUCUCACGAAGUUCCUCAACGAUUUCCAUGCAGAUGUUGAAGAGAAAGCCUUACAAGGCUAA